GCCGACGCGCUCGAGCAUCGGAGGCCGCGUCGAUCAGUCCGCGCGGGACGCUCGAGGAGCGAGGAUCGCGUUCACGCCUCGUCUUGCUCUCGAAUCUCUCGUCCGAUAGUAAACGCGAGCGGGAGACAGGGAGACGGCGUCAGUUUUCGCGCUCAGUUCCGUAGAAUCGAGAGGAUCAAGAAGAGAGGAAAAACGGCGGCGAUCAUCGAGGAGAACUUUUUGCGGGACGACCGGGACUCCGGAAGUUUUGGAGCACAGAUGGUGAGAGGAUCGUUACCUGAUAUCGCAGUGACGAUGGCAUCGGGCAGAGAAAUCCACGGUGCUUUCAGUCUCAUCGUGGACGACGUGGAUUCGCACUCGAUCCUGAGCGAUGGCUCCGACCUGGACGGACUGUCGCGCGAGAGCAGUUCGCAAAACUCGGCGUCGCAGACGCCGCUGGAUAGUCCUGGCGGGCCACGCGAGAGGAUCAAGCAGAUCCAGGUUGAGGCCGAGACCAGACGGGGCGAGUUCGCCAGGUUGCUGGAGGAGCACGCGCAGGUGGUGCGCAAGCUGAAGAUGAUGGAGGCGGAGGAGCAGUUGUCGGCAACGACGACGACGACGACGACCGGAAAUGCGACGGUGAUCGGCGGCGCGAACGCGUGAUUUUACGGUUUUUUUACCACCGUUAGGACGAGGGUGCCAUCGAGGGUUGGGACCAUCGCGUCGAUCACUAUACGACGACCACCACCGCCACCACCACUACCACUACCACCUCACCACGUUUCCUCCUCGGCCGCGAAGCAUCACAAUCCGGAUAAGCCGUCAUCCAUCGCGAUUCGCAAGCAAGAUGACGCGAAUAUCGUGUUGGACGUCUGGCUUCUUAACCCUCGGAAGCAUCUCCGGGAAAUGUAAAAGAGAUACAAGAGGCAAGCCGAAAAAUAAUGGAUGCAUCCGAGAGUUAACUAUGAGGGAAAAAAAGGGCAAGAAAGAGAGGGGUAUGAAUUCGGGAGGACUUCUCUUGCUGUUUUCAUUUUUCCAUUAUGUAAUUUUGUCUCGUCGACUUUCGCUUCGGGCUAAUUCGAUCAUGUUUGAUUUGAAAAUUAAAAUUCGAAUAUGGUAAAUAAAUUCUAAAUAAUAUAAAAGGGAUCUAAAAGUU